AUGCGGCAUGGCAUAUAUUGUACAUCUAGAUGCAUUUUGGGAGACUCGUCGUUGCCCGUCGAAACCGUGGGUUCUUUGUUGACGGUGAGUUGUUUGGUGCCCGCAUCGGUUGGGAUGGCUUUCAUGGUGUUGAAAAUAACAGAAGUACGGGUGACUAUGGGAGAGCGGGUCAAGAGUUUCCGUUUUGACGAAGCGAAAUGCCACAAUGAGGAUGACCGUAUCGUUGUGCAGAACAAUAUCAUGAUGUUCAUGAAACACCAUGGCCAUGUAGACAAGAACGCUAGUGAUGAAGACAUCAUGCAAGAGUUCGAAGCGAUGAUCCAGUCUGGUGUACCGAAGUUGUUCGCUGCGUCUCUUGGACCCGUGGGCUUCCCAUACAAUUUUGCUACAUGCAUGUCGUUACCGUAUGGUUUACAGUGCUUCGACUACUUCUACGCAUCCAUCCGCGAUGGUAUGCCUGCCAGGACUAUAUGCUUAGAUGUGGCAUACGGAAUGACAAUUGUCUGCGCUGUGCUCCCUACAUGUCUCGCCAUCUCCUUCGCAUUUGCCAGAAAGGUGGCGGCACGGCAUUGCCGAGUCGGGCACACCCUAAGCGUGUGCAUGCUGACAGCAUUGAACGUCGUGUUUCUUGGCGGGGUGCACACAAUCUUGAAUAUUUUUUUGAAGCGGGCAAUCGAGGGUAGCUACGUAGGUAUUGCCGUCUUCUGCUCCACGGUAGUAUGCUUGUGCGUGGGGGCGCUGUUAUGUUACAGAUCGUACGCGAACGAGAAGUACCAUCGCCGUCUAGGGGCGACGUGA